UCAGUUUAAUGGAAACAGCAGGCAAAAACAUAGCAUAUUCAUUAUACGGAAUUUAUUAGUUAAAUUGAACAAUAAAGCCAAUAUAAAAUUGGGGAAAAAGGUAUUGCUUUAAAAAUGGACACGGCCAAAGGCGAGAACAAGUCACCGCACAAUCAUAACAAGGAUGAUGCCACAGAGGGUGGCGGAGGUGCUGUUGGUGGUUGCGACGCCAAUUCUUGCACAAAUGGUCAUACCAUAGCUGAAGCAAUUCAAGAUGGUCCACAACCAGCUAAAAUUAGUAAACUACAAGAGACACAGGAACCACAGACAAUAGAUUUGUCUCUAAAUCAAUGUUAUACUUCCGAAGAUUAUGCCACAAAAUUACAGAAGCAAUGGUUCUCAGACCAAUCAGAGGAUUACAAAGAUAGCGAUACUAAUGUCGAGGUCUAUAACGAUCCAUUUCAAAUAUGUCUGCUACCCGGUCUAUUGAAAAACAAAGAAAGUUGUAAACUGUUAAUGGAGGAGAUGGUGAAGAAAGUUCAUUGGUCCCGCAAACAAAUGGAUCUAUACGAAUUCUAUCAGAGCACUGAUCUUUCCAAUAUGAUUGAGUGCAAAUUCCUGGCCAACUUCUUACAAAUGCUAAGAAGAUCGGUAAGACCUUGGUUGGAGAGGGUGACAAAUUUGAAAUUGGAUUAUGUAUCGGCUUCCUGUUCAAUGUAUACAUGCGGUGAUUACCUGUUGGUGCAUGACGAUCUGCUGAAAGAUCGCCAGGUGGCUUUUAUCUAUUAUUUAUCGCCCUGGGAGGGCAAUGAAGAGUGGCAAGAUGAGCAUGGUGGCUGUUUGGAGAUAUUCUCUAGUGAUGAAAAAUGUCUGCCUAGGUUUCCAGUACAAAGAAAAAUAUCCCCCAAAAAUAAUCAAUUUGCCUUUUUCAAAGUGGGCUCCAAAUCGUUUCAUCAGGUUGGUGAAGUCACCACUUUUGAUUAUCCAAGACUAACCAUAAAUGGCUGGUUCCAUGGUGCUUCCAAUGAGGAUUUGAUUGCCGAUGCCCUGAGGCCUUUUUCCAAGUUGAAGUUCAAGCCCCCCAUAGCAGUGAGUGCCGAGUGUUCGGUUAAUCGCCUGUUAAAUGAAGUAUAUCUGAAACCCACCACAAAACGCAGUAUUCAAAAAAGGAUAGAAGACAACUCAGAAAUAUGUUUGUACGAGUUUUUCCGCAGGGAGAUCUUUGAAGAGGCCUUAAAGCAGUUGCUUACCGACGAUAAGCUGCUAUGGUCCCGCAAGGGCCCGGCUAAUGCACAGAACUUUGAAAUUCUUGACUUGAAGACAACAUCGAAAACCCUCGCACAAAUUAUUGAGCUUUUCUCAAACACCGAAAUGUUUAGUCUGCUCAGAGACUAUACAGAUCUGGAUUUAUCCGGUGAUAAUGCUACAAAUCCUAUGUUUACUCUAGAAAUCCAAAGAUGGUCUCACGGAGACUAUACCGUUUUGGGAGAUGGUGCCAUAUGCGACGAUAACACCUUAGAUUUAAUCUACUACCUAAAUGCUGCCGAAGGUGCUGCCGUCAUAACUUAUCUUUCACCUGACACCGAUGGGGCUGCGGCGAAUGCUUAUCCAACGCAAAAAUCCGCGGCUGAUGAUCAGAGCGAUACAGAUUCACUGGAAGGUGAAGGAUUUGAUGAUGAUGACGAAUCGGUCCUAUUGACAAUUUCACCGGUAGAUAACGCCCUAAAUAUUGUCUAUCGCUGCGAGGGAACGACAAAAUUUACAAAGUACGUCUCACGCAAUACACCUUUGGAUAAGGGACCAGUGUUUGUUAUUUCUUGUAGUUACAAGGAAUGAAUUAUCAACUUCGAUUGCAACACAUAUUUUUUUUUUCAUUAUCUUCUCAGAGAGAAGCUCAUAAAUAACAACACAUACAUCUAUUAGUUUGUAUAAUUUUUACCAAUCAUUACAAAACUACAUCCUUUUUCAUUUUGUUUAUUUUAUUUUCAUAACAACAAAUGGAAUUUCUUUUUUAAUUUUUUUUCAUAGUGAAGACAUUUGUUACCAUUCUCAUAUAAUAGCACACAUGUUGUAAAGUGAGAACAAUCAAC